UACUUUUAUUCCAUUGUUAACCUUCGUGGUCCCUAACUUUCCGGCGUCUUUUUUCCUCGAGGUUCCAUGUGUUGGAGAUGCAGGUGAUAGAAAUUACCAGACCCCAACUCUAGUUUAUCGUCCAUUUUCAGACGCAUCUGCACUGGAUCUCAGUAAUCUCUAAUCCAUUCUCUUCCUUUUCUCUCUCUCUCUCUCUCUCCAUCGACCUUCGCAUGGCUACCUCUCUCGCCUGCUCUCUCCCCCCCGCGAUCAGAGCCUCCUCCGGUUCCCUCUCGAAGAAACCCGACUUGAAUCACAAGAAACCCGUUUCCUCAACCUGGUGGGCCCCGCUCUUCGGAUGGUCCGCCGAUCCGGAUUACAUCAACACUGCCUUAACAAAUGAACCGCCUGAGAAGAAGAUCCAAAUGUCGGAUCCGGAAAACGAAAUGGGUCGACACAGACCCAGGUUCCCGCUCGGGUGCUUCACAGAAGAGAAAGCGAAGCAGCUUAGGAAAACGACCAUGGAGGGCUCCUCAUUCCAUGAUAUGAUGUACCACUCGGCCAUCGCGUCUCGUCUUGCUUCAGAAGCCUCGAGUUGGCACGGCGAGUAAAAAUCUCGACGGAGAUCCGGCAAUGUCGUCGGGUAUGCUGGCCUGUAAAAUUUGUCGAAAUUAUAUUAUCCUAUUUUCUCUUUUUUUUUUUUUUUUUUUCCCCAAUCCAUGGCCUUAUAAGUGAGUCGAGACUAGUUGUGUAUGCUUUACAAACCCUUUAGGAUUGACACAGUGUGUGUGGAUGUCUUAUUUUUCUGAUAUCUAAUUUGCUUUUCUCUCUCGAGGACCCACAUUUGACGUGGCAGUAUAAUGGACCGUCCGAUAAUGAUGAUGAUCACGAUCUACCAA